UAGGAUAGAAGGAAUCUAUUCUGUGGGCUCUCUAGGCGCCUGACCUAUCGUAUGUACCUCCCCAGCGUGGUGUAAGGUAGCAUGCCUCUGGUCUUCAGGCACUUCGGUAGCGUGCACAGCGUAUCGAACCCCCUAUCCGAAGUACCUACAGGCAGGUACACCUAAUGUACCUACCGUGGGGGGGGACAUGAGCCUUUCCAUACGUCAAUCGGCAGAUCGAAAGUGGUGAUCAGCCUCGUCUACCCGACAACCCCCCCAUCUCCACAGACCAGCCAACCUCACGCAUUCGACGAGACAACACAUACGCACAUUACACCUGCACACAUACAUACAUACACAAGUACACACUCAUAUACGGCGCUGAGCACUUGUCGAGCGUCGAAUCCAAGUACGACGUUUGUGGCUUGUAGACGUUGCAUGCCCGGACACCACCAUGGAUCUCGCUUACGACCAUAUAGCUGAGGAGGCUCUUCCUAAGGAUGGCAACAAUAGCAGUGCCAGCAGCGGCAACCGAGAUUCUCAGUCCUCCCAACGCCGAUCCGAACACACGCUCAACGAGGACCUCCAAGAGGCGUAUCGGGCAUUCUCUAGCAGCUCUUGGGGCUCGUGGCUCGGUGGUACGGUAGGCAAUGUGAUCAAGCAGGGCGGGUCGGUGUACCGAGAAGCGCAACAAGAGGUCACGUCGCUCGGCGUGGAUGCUAGUCGAGGUCUCGCAAACCUCCGCGCGAGGGCGCUUUCUCUGACUACAUCCACUCCUGCUGCGGAACGAGGAGCACAGCAAUCGAGCGACAACGAAAAGGAUUCCGAGACCACUCCGACGACGGCGAGGGCCUCUGGCUCCGACGAAGCACCCAAAGAGUCCGAGACGGUAAUCUCACGACUGAAGGCAGAGGCUGCGAAGCGAUUGAGGGACAUUCAACGUGCCGAGGAUGCUGCCGAUGAGGCGCUUUUAAAAUUCGGCGGCAACGUUCGGGACUUCUUCCGCGAUGCCAUCACUGUUAAGCCCGGCUCCGACGGCGGCGAUGCCAGAGAUAGCGCCCGCCGUUUUGAGAGCAAGGAUGACUCGGGUAAAAGGGUGAUCCACACUUCGAGAUACGACGCGCAGCUACAUGUCCUUCACACGACCGAGAAGAGCUUUACGGAGGAUCCUGCUACUGCCGAAUAUGCUCCGUGGGCCAAAGACUUCGAUGCGGAUAGCAAGACCGAGACUAUCAGCGCCGACUUGGCCAAGUACCCUGAACUACGAGUGAACAUGGAGAAACUCGUGCCCGACAAGGUCCCCUACGCCGAUUUCUGGAAGCGAUACUAUUUCCUGCGCCACAGUAUCGAGACUGCCGAGGCACGGCGCCGAGACCUGUUGAAGGCUGCUUCUGCCGAGGAGGAGAUUGGGUGGGGCGAAGAAUCGAGCGAGGAGUCGAGCGAGGAUGAAUCGGACGAGUCGACCGCGCCGAAGAAGCCAGCGGAGAAGCCCACGAGACCCGCCUCUAUCGAGUCUUCUACGACGAUCCACCCGCCGGCCGAGGCGGCGCCUUCCAACAAAGACCAACACAAGCCAGCCGAAUCUCGCAAGUCUAACGACGAGAAAUCACAGGCCGACAGUGACACCAGCUACGAUCUGGUCGGUGCGUCGUCUGGAAACCCGAGCCAAGCCCCCAGCAGCCCCAAGGAUGCCCGAAAGGUGGAGGACAGCGACAGCGAGGAGGAGGAGGAUAGUGACGACGACGACGAAUGGGAGUGACGGUAUUAUUUUGAACCCGGAUUGUUGGCCGUUGACACGCAGUACUCAAUAUUGGAGUUUUCAUCGGCGUCCUCUGGUCUUUGCUCAUUGGAUGGUUUCGAAUGCAAGAUACGGCUCGUCUAGCCACU